UGUCACCAGAAGUCCAAUUUAAUACAUCCCGUGGGUUGGGCUCAAGUGGUGGGCCACGAGUUGAGGGCCACUCCCGAGUACGCCAGGAGUUCGCUGCAGAAGUCACUCAGCAAACAGUUUGAUGAGAACGACUGCACGUGGAAUCUGUUCCAAAUGCCGCCCGCCAUCAGCACUGAACACCGAUUCAAAGAAGGCAUGAAACUGGAGGCAAUAGAUCCGCUAAACCUCUCGACCAUAUGUGUGGCGACAGUGACUAAAGUGUUGCGAAAUAACUAUUUAAUGAUAGGCAUCGACGGCAUGAUGUCGCCCAACGGGUCCGACUGGUUCUGCUAUCACGCCACCAGUCCAUGCAUUUUCCCCGUCGGCUUCUGUUCACUCAAUAAACUCCAGUUGACUCCACCCCGAGGUUACAAAAGUGAGUUCAAUUGGUUCCAAUACCUCAAAGAGACCAAAUCGAGUGCAGCACCGGUGCCUCUG